AUGGAACCCAAAUCAGAAGUUCAGAGCGACCAGAAAAGGAUUCCUGAUAAGAUCUCAGACUCCUCUGAUCCUAUUGUUCUGGAAGAAGCGCCGCUCGAGGACGCCCGAAAGAGUCGAUGGGAGCGCAGUUGGCCAACCAUUGCUUGCGGUGCUGGUCUCUUUUCUGACGGAUAUCUCAAUGGAGUUAUCGGGCCGGUCAACACCCUGCUGAGCAAAAUCUACCCCGAUACAUACAAGAACUCCCCCGCCAGUCGCAAUGUCUCUUCCAUCGUCUUCGCGGGAACGGUGCUGGGUCAGCUCAUCUUUGGAUACGUCAGCGAUCACUGGUCAAGAAAAUGGGCGCUGAUGAUCUCCACGGUUAUCCUGAUCAUCUUCAGCGCGCUCUCCGCCGGCUCAUACGGGGCGCAUGGGAGUCAAUCAGGCUUGUUCGCUGCUUUGACCGCCUAUCGGUUCUUCCUGGGCAUUGGCAUCGGCGGCGAAUAUCCUGCAGGGUCCGUCGCCGCGGCGGAGAGUACCGGCGAGCUCAAGAACGGUCAUCGCAAUCGCUGGUUCAUCAUGUUCACCAACUUUCAGAUCGACUCUGGUUUCGUUGUUUCGUCGUUCGUCGCCAUGAUCCUGAUGUUGAUCUUCACCGAAGACCACAUGCGUGCCGCAUGGCGCGUUGCGCUGGGUUUGGGUGUCAUUCCGCCGCUCAGUUUGUUCUACCUGCGGUUGAAGUUGAACGAGCCAGAGGAGUUCAAUAGGCAACGGAUGCACAAGUUUCCCGUGUGGCUGAUCAUUAAGUACUACUGGAAGCGUCUGUUCGUGGUCUCCGUGAUCUGGUUUAUCUAUGACUUCUCAUCCUAUUCAUUUGGCAUCUACUCGUCGGAGUGGCUGUCCGUCAUCCUCGGCGACACCGCUCCCCUCUGGAAGACUUUUGGCUGGAGCACCGUUACCAACCUCUUCUACAUUCCAGGUAGUUUCCUGGGUGCACUCACUAGCGAUUGGAUCGGUCCUCGCAACACAUUGGCCCUCGGAGUUGCUUUGCAGGGCAUUGUUGGUUUCAUCAUGGCAGGCUGUUACACCUAUCUGAAGGAUCCAAAGAACGUCGCGGCCUUUGUCGUUGUCUAUGGCAUCUUCUCCUCACUCGGAGAAUUUGGUCCUGGCGACAAUAUCGGGUUAUGCGCCGCGAAGACUAGUGCCACCUCUAUCCGGGGCCAGUACUAUGCCAUUGCCGCUGCGUUUGGCAAAAUCGGUGCUUUCGUCGGCACAUAUGUGUUUCCGAUCAUCCAGGACAAUGCACCCAACGAUAUUCGCCGAGGCCAGGAUCCGUACUUCGUUUCCAGCUCGUUAUGCAUCUUUAGCGCCUUCCUAGCGUACUUUCUGCUACCACAUAUCGGACAGGACACAAUCACUGAUGAGGACGCCAAGUUCCGCGCUUAUCUUGAAUCUCAGGGUUAUGAUACCACAUCUCUGGGCAACAAAGAGCAACGGUAA